UAUAGGGUAGAGUUCAACUAAACCUUUGGCGUUUCCACCGUACAAGCGCUGACCCCAACCCGACUCUGACCCGAUUUGGACCCUCGAUGGAAACGUAGUCAACGUAAGACUGAUGUAUUAAAGGUGGAAUGAGCCAGCUAGGCCAAAACGCCAUCUUCUACGGAAAUAGAAGUCAAUGAAGCAUCAUACUCGUAUGCGUCGCUUUCUAUUUCGCUAUUGGAACAACUAAGGGAACGUCUCAAUGCACACUUGCAAAAUCUAGUCUUAUACAUAUAUCUAGAAUUACGAGUGAUUCAAAAGUAGCAGAUCGCGCCAUCUCUAGCGGGUAGAGCGUAAUGGUAAACCAAAUCAGAGCUAAUAUCUGCAGAAAUAUAUGAUCUUCCCAUACGUAUGAGUAUGAGCAAUAACUAUAAAACUAUAUCUGUAGUCAAUGGUGUGCGUAAAUAUGUUUGAAUAAUUUUUAGUAGAAAAUAAUUUAGAAUUCAUAUAAUUUACACUAAGAACUUCAUGUUCAACUAUCGGACCUCUUAUAAAAUUGGUAUAAGUAUAAAUAUCAAAACUUGAAUUAAAAUCACUAAAUUCGAAUGAGUUUUAGUAAAAUGAAUAUUUCUCAAAUAUUACUUGAAAGUAUUACGGAUGCAAAAGUUGGAUUUGCCAUUGCAACAGUAAUAGGAUAUUGUUUAUAUAAAAUAAUGACAGUAAAAAAUAGAAGAAAAUUGCAGGUUUCUAAGGAUUCAGAUGAGUCUUCAAAUAACAUAAUGUAUACAGAUGAAUAUGAUAAUUAUAAGCUCAUAUUGGUAAUUAGAACUGACUUAAAAAUGGGAAAAGGAAAAGUAGCAGCACAAUGUGCUCAUGCUGCUGUUGCAGCUUAUAAAUCAGUCAGAAAACAUCCAAAAAUUUUACAAGCUUGGGAAGAAUGUGGGCAAGCAAAAAUUACUGUAAAGGUGGAUAGUGAAGAUGCAUUAAAAGAAAUAGUAAAACAUGCUAGAGCUGUAGGACUUCUAGCAAAUAUAAUACAUGAUGCUGGUCGUACACAAAUAGAGCCUGGAAGCAAAACAGUAUGUGCAAUUGGUCCAGGUCCAGCGCCAUUGAUUGAUCAAGUAACUGGACACUUGAAAUUGUUUUAGUAACAUAUUAAUGAAGAUUACAUAAUUUUCUUAAAUUUAUUGAUUUUAUUACUAUAAGUAGAAUUUUUAUUUAUGUAAUAAAAAAGAA